GAGGGUUGAGAGCCUUGAUGAGUUUUCCCUACAAACAAAGCUAAAAGAUGGUUCAACAAGGCAGCAGAAGCAGUCCUAAAGACGGGCGUCUGCUUAAAGCUGGACACCUUCCUGCUGUGAAGGCUGGAGGUAAGCGAGUGGCCAAGAAAGGCUUGGAAGAAGCCAACACCCAUGGGACUCUGGAGAAGGAGACCAAGAGGUCUGACAGACCCAGGCCUGUCGCCAGUGCCAACAGGAUGCAACAAGUGGGUCUUCUGGCAGGGCCUCUUGACAAGUUGAGCCACGACUUUCCCGAGGUGAGCGUGAGGCACAGCAGAGUGCGACCCGCUGUGGAGAAGCCCCACUGCCCUCGGAUCUUCUGCAUCCAGCAGCCCAGGAAGUUCUGAAGCAUGACUUGUGAUGUAUUGCAGUGUGCUUGUAGAGAGGUGGCUUCCUCCUUCAACUGUCUACUCUCAAGGGGGGGGAUUCUUUAAAUACUAAAAGUGCUUCUGUGUGCUCGUCUUUGUUUAGCGGCUGUUAAACAUGUUUGAUGUGUGUAAAAUGAGAAUUCUGUUUUAAAAUGUUGAAUCUUCAAGUUCGUCUUACUGCUUGGCAUGGUAUGCAUUCAAUAUAAUAAAUACUGGAUUCUGACGUUUUUGCAGUAACUAUUAAUGGCCGCUUGGUGGCGACCAAUGACAAGUACAGGGAGUCCUGUUUUACACAGAUCAUUCCAAGUGUGUUGUGUCUGGAGAUGGCAAAUGUAUAAUAAAUAUAAUAUAUAUUAAAAAAAAAAUUUGGCCGUUUUAGGAGAGGUUCUGUCUGCUCAAUAUUUUAAUGAAAUUUAAGAAAUGCAAAAUUACAGAAUGCUAUCAGGUGCUGAGUAUUUCCUUGUAAAAACCGACCAGUUUCCCCUCAUGUGUCCAUCAGGGGGAGUAGUUUGAGUUGAUUUUAAUGUCACUAUGCAGUGUUCAUUAAAACAUUGUGCAGUUGUUUAUUUCCUAGUGAACCUGGAAUAAUUUAAAUAACUUUACCUUACUUCAGCAUCACAGAAAUAUAGUUUACUCUGAAGAUUCCACUUUAGUGUCAAUGAGCAUGUCUGAUAAAACUUGAUUUUUACAUGGUGAUGACGUAGGUGCCCUGUUUGGCCUUUCGUACCUUUUUUUGGGAGUGCUUUGCAGCAUUGGAUCAGCCUGCGACAGGAACCACUACUACACCGUGAGGGGUUCAAAUGUCAAGCUGGCCUGUGAGGACUCAUACUCUGGACACCCCAACAGUACACGGAGUUCAUGUGGACUACUGUGUCUGCGGACAAAAAGGAGAUGAUUUGAUUUUUAUGAAGGAAUCUUGUAUCCUGAUAACUGCAAACAUUGGAGAGGAGGGUCCACUUCCCAUCACCUGAUCCCCAAAAUGCUGAUACUUCCAUCAACAUCACAGAUGAUCAUCUCUCAGAUUGGGAGAAGUAGCGGUGCUUUGUGAGGAAGUUACCCAAAGAGGACCUGACGAUGUUUGAGGCGUCCAGUCAGCCUCAGUGAGGCAUUGACAGUGAAUCUGCGGAAGACACUGGUGUGACGCUCCAAUGCGAAUCUGUGUGGGCAAUAGGCUGCAUAAAUGAUGGCCUUGAUCAAUUUAUAGGCAUCCUCACAAA